UUAAAAUUAACCCGACUCCAUGCGUUUUGCAGCCAAAGAGGUUCAGAUGAAUCCUUCUGCUCCUCCCCUGCCGCCGCCUGACGCCGGCAAUUUUUACCUUUUUCCACCUGCACAGCCUUCCUUUACUGGCUUUCACCCGCCGCCGCCGCCGCCGUCGUCAGCCACCAAUUUUACGCCUCGCCUUUUCUUCCCUCCUGGCUUUCACGUCCCUCCCCCCGCCACCACAACAACUGCCGAGGCAUCUGAUGUCCAGACCGCUCUCUCCACCCUCAAUUCGCUUCUGCGCUUAUCUAAAACCACUCUCAGUUCUCUCUCCGGCAUACUUCCGACUACUUUUCCCUCUCCGGCGACUGCUCUAAUUCCAUGUCCUUUUAACCCCACCCACCGCCUCCCGCCUCCCUCUCUAUUCAACCACAGCCUCCACUGCUUUCCGUCUUCAUCGUCUGCUGAAUUGCAUUCUCUAAUUCAGUCCUGCCGGUACCCACACAGUCUCCACUCCUCUGUUGAGGGAAACAAUAUCCAAUUCAAUCAGUCUCUCCACGACCCCGAAGCCGAACUAUGCUUCUCCCUCGAAAACUACUCUGGUUUUGACCCGAAUAGUUUCUUAUACUCCGACUGUCCCGGAGUUGUAAGCUUCCCCGGUAAGGACUCCUCUCCUCCAAUGCUUACUCUGCCCAGUUUCUUAUUAUCUGAAUGCUCAAACUUCGGGAAAAAUAGCACUAUAGAUCCGAAGAAGGUUCCCAUUGACCAUACAGAGCUUCUUCCUUCAGAGAUAUACGCUAUUAGGUCUGAAAUUGAGUCGUGGAAUGACUUUCCAUGUAGCUAUUCUUACAGAGUUGUCCGGGCUAUGUUGCGGCUUGAAAUGAUCAGUAUGUGCUCUUUGCCAACAUGGGUGAUUGCAAAUUCGCCUAAAUUCGGCAUAGUAAUUGAUCCUGCAAUGAGUAGUCAUAUUGUUAUUUUAUUGAAGCUGUGUUUGAAAGCUAUUCUCAGUGAAACUAUUGGGUUAGCUAAUGCACAUAUGAAACUGGAAGGGGGUGAGGAAUCAAUUUUGAGUGGAUGUAGGCUUGAUUGUCCAAUAUUAGCUAGAGUAUUAGUGUGGUUGGCCUCCCAACUAUCUAUAUUGUACGGUGAAACGAGCGGUAGGUUAUUUGCAUUUAACAUUUUAACAAAAUGCAUCUUUGAUGAAUUACUGGAGCACUCUUUAUUUUCUGGACUUCCAGAAGCUACAGAAAUAUCAAAAUUAGACAUAGUCAACAAAGAUAGUGAGGAGCCACAGGUAAGUAGUAAUUCAAAUCAAAGUACAAAGCAGAACAAAGGAAACAAUGUAGGAGCUGGAGGGCUGAGUAAAACCAUGAUUUCUGUUUCUCAAGUAGCAGCAGCUGUUGCUGCAUUGCACGAAAGAUCAAUACUUGAAGGAAAGAUCAGAGCGUUACAGAAUGUGCAGCAACUUUCUGCAUUCCAAAGAAAUGCUGAGCAUGAAGACAUGGCAAGAAGAGCUGAUGAGGAAAGACAAAAGCGGCCCGAUUAUAAAGCUUUAAUUGAUCACGAUGGGCUUCCUUGGCAGAGGUCACACAAUCAGGAAACAAAUAAAACAAAGACAAGAGAGGAGUUGCUAGCUGAGGAAAGGGAUUACAAGCGCAGAAGAAUGUCAUAUCGUGGCAAGAAGUUGAAGCGUUCAACAACACAGGUAAUGAGGGAUAUAAUAGAGGAAUAUAUGGAGAGUAUUAAGCUAGCCGGUGGUGUUCAUUGCCUAACAAAAGGAGAAGCACUCAAUGAUGCAAACUCCAAUAAGAGUCAAUUGGAAUCAUCUUUAACGAGGGAACAUCCACACCACUACAUGAUGGAGUCGCACUCUCAUCCCGAAUCCCGGUCAUCAGAUUUCAGAAGUGGCUCUUCCAAAGAUAGAUCAAACCACUCUCAUAGUACUAUGGUUGCAGAUAGAAGUGUUGGGAGAAAUGGACAUAGCACAAGGGAAUAUUCUAGAAGCCCAGAUAGAACCAAUACCAAUUGGCAAACAGGUCUGAGGAGGAAGCAAGGUGACAGAGAAUCAUACAAGGAAGAUUUUUCUCACAGUUCUGGUAAAAAACACCAGAAGUCAUAUAAUUAUAACACUCCUCACAAAGAGAGAAUUGGCCAUGGAAGACGGAGGGGAAGGGAAUCAUAUGAUGAUUAUAAAUCAGUGUCCACUUCGCGCAAUAAAUUUGAUGACAGAUAUGAUCCUUCAGAAUCUCAUGAUAAUCUAUGAAGGUCAAAUCUAAAUGUUGGUAAAGCUGAGUGGCUGAAAAUGUCUGCUGUAGUGAUUGGGCAUGGUUUUCAAGUGAGGUUAAGAUUAAGAAUGUUAAAGUAAGUGGUCCUUCCAGGUGUGGUAAGUAAUCAUGAUAAAAAUUUGUCCUGAAUACCACCUUUUAUCGAUUUUUUCCAGAAAGAAGAAUGGGAAUACUAAUAUAAUCUUUUUGGCUGGAUUCCUCUUGAAAUAUUGCAGUAGAAGUGAAACAGGUUUCUGCUGUUUGUCUACAUCUGUAUCCUCCUCUGUAUCCUUAAAAUCGUUGUUAUUAUUAUUCUCAUUACUAUUAUUUCAUCUACAUACGUUUAUGCUUACGGCUACAUUCUCAUCUUUAAAAGGAGGUACUAAUCAGUAAUCAUCUAUCUUUACUUGCUUUUUUAUCUACUGGUCUGCAUUCUACAAUAAUUUAACUCCAUAAUUACCUAGUACUCCUAAGAUAACCACCUAACAAGGGAUUCGAAUGGAUCAACAUACCGUCUGUUUAAAAUUCGGAUAUAGGGAUUUGGGGAGAAAUGCUUUAGAGGGCUUAGUGUAUGUACGUGCACACAUAUGUGUGUAUAUGUAGAGAGAGAGAAACAGAGGGGGGGUUGAGGUUUUAUAAAAUAAAAAAAUUAACGAAAAUUGUUGUUUUUAGUGGAAAGUGAUUUGUAAUUGUAAAAGCUUUCAAUCACAUUUUAUUCAUUUUUAGGAACAUUCUAUUUAUCAAGGUAUAGAUAGACUAAGAGAGUGUUUGUGAUUGCUUCUACUUUGAUAUUGUUAAAACAGUAAAAUUUGAUAUUGUUUGAGAAAUAAGUGCUUUUGAAAAAUAAAAGUCGGUAGUGUUUGAUAAAAAGUGUACUUUGUGUAAUACAAAAAGUGAAAAGCAGUUCAAAGUGUCCGUCCACCUCUUUUCAUCUUUUAGCUUUUAAGUGUUUAAUUUAAGUGAAGUUGUCACUUGAAAACACCCAAUUCUCUUUUUUAAGCCAAAUGAUGAAAAUCGACUUUUUAAGUUUUUGCAAGCACUGCCCAAGCCCUCCAAAGCAUUUCUCUUCAAAAACCUUCAUCCAAAAAAACCCUAUAGAAUACAAACAGUUCACAGUUCUUGUAGCUAUGCACUAACACAUGCUGAAGACCACACUUGGAUGUUUUACAAUCUUUCUAGCGAUAACUUCUGGGAUAAGAUCAGGGUGAAACACAACGGUGCUUAUAUUUUCAUCACUUUUCAAACCCUCAUUAGCAUUCCUUCUUGAAAAUUUUAAACCGUCUUGUAUUUAAUUAUUGAAUGAGUGGGGGUUGACCUGUUUACCCAUAGCUAUUUAGUCACGUUUACUCUUGGAUCAUUAAGAUAUGCAGUAGAAAACAUCGUGCUGAUAAUAGUCUCUAGGGGAGACAAGUUAGAUAGGAAAAAAUAUAUCAGACAUUUAUACCAUAGACAGGUGAUGGGAAAGUAGGUUGUUUGUAUAUGACUUUUUAUUAGAAUGCAUGUAAUGUAAUGUCUGGGUUGUGGAACAACCCGUCGAUAGUGUCCACGAAAACCUAGUAAUAUAUGUGGUAUAUAUUAGUAACAAUGUGUUGGGAAAAAUAGUUGAGCCUUUACUUUAGGUCUGAACAAGUCGCUUUAAGGCCUUGUUUGAUUAGAGGAAUUUUAAGGAGUGAUGUGUUGAUUUGUUUGGGGGGGGGGGAGUGUUCAUAUCUCAAAUUUUGUGGAGUCACUUUUCGGUUACUUUGUUCACUUUCCCUCCUUCAAAAUUAUGCUGCAUGCCAUAUUUAAUUGGGAUAAUGGAAACUAAUAAUCCAACCUUUUAACGGUCUUCUUUCAAUAAUCCCACCUUUCGAUUAUUCAUGAAUAAUCCAACCUUUGCACUUCAUCUUCAUUCACUGGUCCCUGACCGGUUGAUGACCUGCUAUUCCAAGCUAUUUUCUUAUCUUUGCAAAUCAUUAUACCAUAAAUCUCAUCUUUCACAAAGAUAAUAUUCUGGAAAGAUAAGAAAAUAACUUGGAAUAGUAGGUCAUUAACCGACUAGGGACCAAUGAAUGAAGAUGAGGUGCAAAUGUUGGAUUAUUCAUGAAUAAUCAAAAGAUGGGAUUAUUGAAAGAAGACCGCUAAAAAGUUGGAUUAUUAGUUUCCAUUUUCCCUAUUUAAUUUAAGUUGCAAAAUUUGUUUCAGUUACUUUACUUUUCCAUAAUUCUUUUUGGGUUUUAAAAUUCUAAUCCCUCAUCAUUCUUUUGAACCAAAUAUGUUACUGCCAUUUACUUGUAUAAAUAGAGGAGAUAAUCAGUUUAGCUGUUGAUGAUUGGCAUUCUUAAGCCUUUUCCUGUUGAGUGGUUUUCGAAUAAAUUGAUGGAAAGGGGAGAAGCGUGUGUUUGGUUGGAGGGUGACUUAAAUCAAGUGAUUAUUUGUAGGAGACUUGAAUUGAGUGAUUAAUUGUUUAAACAUUAGUUAUCAAAAUCAUUCUACUAACAGGUUCCGUAUAUUUAAUGAUAGAGAUAUUGCUUUGGUUUAGUUGGAGGAUGAAUGUUGAGACCUCUAAGGUACUCAUAUUACAAAGCUGUAAUAUGCUUUGGUUUGGUUUCACUUACAAAGCUGGUAGACUUAUAUUGAGUGAUUAGUUUUCAGACAUUAGUAGUUAUCAAAAUCAAAGGGGAGCCUAAGAGCCUUGGAGCACCUUUUAAGACGGAUUCUGCUGAGUGAUUAAGAGGUUAUAAGUUCAAUUUUUGAGUGGUCUCAUGUCAAAAUUUGAUCGGGAAAGUCUUGUUCUUUAUACAGGGUGAGACGCUUCCCCGGAUACACGUUUUGUGCUGAUGCCUUUUUGCACCGGCUGGCAAAUAAAAUAAAUAGUGGUUCUCAAAAUUAUUCUACAAAUAAUUUGUUUUACUUAUAAUUAUUUUAAUCAAAUAAUUGAAAUACAAUCGUAGUCAUAUUGCAUUGGAACUAGCAUCCACUUGGUUUGGCCUAAUCCCAAUUCCCAAUCUUCAGCACAUCAUGGUAAUUGGUAACUCGUGCUCGGCAUAAAGGUCGGUAGUCCUUGGUGCUAUAAGUUUACCCGAAGACUUGGUUAGUACCAUGCCUGAUCAGCCUAAGUGUGUGCUUAAUUGCAUGGUGGAGUCAGACGCGGGUCAACCCGAUGGAUGGCAUCAAUUUGGCUGCCUGCAAGGGGUGUUUCAGUCUGUUAUGAGGAAUAUGGUCAACACAAUCUCAGAGUUGUGUUGAUCAGUGGUUCCUAGGGUUUCCAAGUGGAAUGAAGUAGCUACGGGCCGUAUUUCUCAAAAAAUGAACCCAAACAAAUGCUUCGACGCUAAGUUCAGCUCGUUGAUGUCACGGUUGGCUAAGAUCAAUUUGACUUGCAUAAUUUAGUUUGUUUUCGUUACCUCUUUGAUAACUCUUUUGAGUUUUGAUACUGUAGACUUGUAGAGUUAAGAUGAGCUUUUCCAGAGUUGGUUCUUGGUUGACUUAGUUUGAACAAAAACAACUGAGAUCUGUGAACAAUAUAUUGCCCUGUCCACUCAUAGAGAACCAUCUCUCAUUUGUUCUACGUUAUUAUUAUUAAGUAUUAACGAUAGUA